GGAGUCGGAUCGUGGUUUGGUCGUUUAUUUAAGAAGGCAACAGGACCGGAUACACUGCAUCGCCACAUACACUCCUAAACUUCACGCCAAGGACUUCAUCAUGUCUUGGAGCUUUCUCAUCCUCGCCGCCCUUCUGGGCCAGCAUGCCUCUGCGCAAAACAUGCUUCGUUUCGGCUGCUCGCAGCUCACCAUCGAACGCGCUGACCCACUGGUCUCUCCUGGUCAAAACCCCGCUCCGCACACACAUCAGAUCAUCGGAGGGAACUCGUUCAAUCUUACGAUGACACCAGCCGAAUACGACCCGCCCAGCUUGUCCACCUGCACGACGUGCACCUACUCGGAGGACUUCAGCAACUACUGGACGGCGUCACUGUACUUCCGGUCGCCGGAGAACGGGACGUACCAGCGGGUCCCGCAGUACGCCAACUUCGGGAUCCAGCAGGACGGGGGCAUGACGGUGUACUACAUGCCCUACAGCGCCAAGAACGGCAAGGUGACGGCGUUCAAGCCCGGCUUCCGCAUGAUCGCGGGCGACCCCACCAACAGGAAGAACAUUUACAAGCCCUCCAUCUGCCACCGCUGCCUCGGAAACGGCGAGGGCUUCGCCCCGUGCGACGGCAAGGAUACCGCUGAGCUGCCGACCAAGUAUUGCCCACAAGGCAUCCGCGCGAGCAUUAUUUUCCCUUCGUGUUGGGACGGAAAGAACCUCGACUCCCCGGACCACAAGACGCACGUAGCCUACUCCAACGGCGGUGGUCUCGGUAGCCCGAACUGUCCUUCCACUCACCCGGUUGCCAUUCCGCAGGUGAUGUACGAAGUGAUGUGGGACACCGGAAGAUAUAAUAACGCCGCUUGGUACGGAAACGGCAAGCAGCCGUUCGUCUACAGCUUCGGAGACUCCACCGGAUACGGCCAGCACGGCGAUUACUUGUUCGGAUGGAAGGACGAUUCUUUGCAGAAGGCCAUGGACGCUUUGCCUACCGGGAACUGCGCCAAUGCUAACUGCCGCGUUCUUAAGAUCCAAUCCGCUGCGGAUGCUAUGAAGUGCAAGAAGGCUCAGCAGGUUGUUGAAGAUGUUGGACAGCCAGGGAAGUGGAUCAAUGAGCUUCCGGGAGGUGUGCCGGUCUAUUAAUGGCCUACCUACCUAGGUAGUGUCUGUACCUAGAAUAAAGUAGUAGUGUUAAACUCGUCAGAAGACUCUAAACUAGAACUGUAGGCAUAAUAUGAUGCUUCUAAAUCUAUAGUAUACACUUAUAUUGAGGGUAUCAGGGUAUUCAAUGUUCGGCCUUGGCACAAAUAUCAAAACAACAGUUGCUAAGAUAGAAUGACUACCAUAACCGUUGAC